UCUCUCUCUCUCUCUCUCUCUCUCUAACGCUGAGGUCAGGCUCUUUCCCUCAGUCUGAUGAAAUGUGAGUGAACCAUGACGCUGCCUCUGGUCAGUGUGUUUGGGUCAGUGUGUGUCUGUGUGUGUUUGUGUCUGUGUGUGUUUGCGUUGUGAUGAAGUUUGAAUCUAGUUCAGCCAUGGAGACUAAAACGAAGCGGACACAAGCAACGACAAACUGUUGACAAACGGAUCUGAGACGCGGCACAGAACGGACUUUAAUGGACGAUGUAAAAACUGGACCGUACCGGGACUGAAGCUCCUGCGUCCGGCAGUAAGUCGCCCUCCUCCCCGGGUCCGAUGCCUCCGCGGGGCGACGGGAGCUUCAAGCCGGCACCGGUGUCCCCUGCUCCGCCCGUCCCGCCGAGGAGGGUCAGGAGCCGGGACAGGGGCUCCGGCAGGACGCGGCGCUCCGGGACGGAGACAGGGGCAGGGUCGGCGGAGAGGCGGGUGAAGUGUGUGCUGGUGGGGGACGGAGCUGUGGGGAAGACCAGCCUGGUGGUCAGCUACACCACCAACGGGUACCCCACCGAGUAUGUGCCCACCGCCUUCGACAACUUCUCAGCUGUGGUGUCAGUGGAUGGGCAGCCAGUCAAACUACAACUGUGUGACACGGCUGGACAGGAGGAGUUUGAUAAGCUGCGUCCUCUGUGUUACACCAGUGCAGAUGUGUUCCUGCUGUGCUUCAGUGUUGUCAGUCCCGCCUCUUUCCAAAACGUUCCAGACAAGUGGGUCCCAGAGAUUCGCAGACACGCCCCGUUCGCUCCACUCGUUCUGGUUGGGACACAGUGUGACCUCCGAGAAGAUGUCAAGGUUCUCAUCGACCUGGCGAGGUAUCGGGAGCGGCCCAUUGAGCCAGCGGACGCCUGGGACUGUGCCAUGGAGAUCGGAGCGGUGGCCUACAUGGAGUGCUCCUCUUUGACCCAAAAAAACCUUAAAGAAGUGUUUGACACAGCCAUACUGGCCAGUCUGCAGAACUACAGCUCCCAGAAGCUCCCGAGAGGGAAACAAAAACGACAGAAAAAGCAAAGGCAGACGCCGGACAAGAUGACGAGUCUGUCCAAGUCAUGGUGGAAAAGGUACUGCUGUGUGGCCUAGAGCAGACCUGUGAUCAGAUUUGGGUCUCGCUGACUCUGACCUUCCUUUGACUUUAUCCUGGUCUGGAUUCUGCUGAGUUGGGGUUCUCUGUAAUGGAGCCUGAUGUUGAGCAGGAUCUCGACUGGAGUGUGGCUGAGAACCAAAGUAAGACUGUCAUGCAUCUCAAAUAUUUUAGUUUUUCUUUGGAGAUUUUAGUAUUAUCAUGGAUGAGAUUUACUAAUGAGCCUGAAUGGUUCUAUUAGAGCCCAGAUAACCAAGCAGUGCUCCUGUGUCCCUGAAUGAACCUGGGGUUUGUGCUCUAAUAACCUGGAUUCAGCCUCAGUUUCUGAGGAGAAGCUGCUCCUCGCUCUCCUGAAAUUGAACUGGAAUGAAACAGAAGUUGUUAUCUGUGAUAAUGUUGUUUAGACUGUUUCAGAUUUGAGCAGGAGCAGAGAUUUGGAUUUUCUGUUCGGGGUUUAACACAUGAAUUAUAAUUAGUUGAAAAAACCUUCUCAAACUUGAAUGGGUGUGUAAUUGUUGUGUAGGUGGAAGGGACCUGGACUGUCAUCAGACUACAACUGUAAUUUUUGUUGACUUUAACAAAACUACAUUCACACUUAUCUUUAUAAUAGUUUCUAUCUCCACAGUGGAGCAGACCUAAUUGUUUCAACACUGAACAUGAUUUAUGUUAGAACUUAGUCAACAAGUUUAGCCCAUGGUUAAUUUUAGAGCUUUUUUAUCACUGGGCUGAUUGUUUUCUAAUGAAAGAAACUAUUUUAUUCAGCAGCUUAUAAUUUUAUCCUGGUCACAUGUGGUGCAGCCAGCAAACCUAAUCUGGAACCUGCACCAUGGUUAAUAUCUGACUCUGUUAUUGGAUUUAUUUAACGUCCCUCCAGAGUGAAGCCAGACUAAGUUUGGUCAAUGACAAACGUUCUACCCUCUUAAGAAUGAAAAUUAUUUAUUUCGCCUGGUUCAAAAUCAACCCCUACAUAUUUUACUCAAGCAAAAUAACUGGAGACAGAAACCUACACACAUAUCUUAGUAGUAGCAAAGGAUGCUGAACAAUGUCCAGACUGUCUGAAUAUAUGAUGAAAACACAAGCACCACUGUAAAGGUUUUAUCUUACAGACACAAUCCAGGAGUCACGGACCUACUACAGGGCUCCACUGGUUUCUGAGCCAGUUUAUCAUCCUGAUCUGUCGGACCUUGGCACUGAAAGAUUGUACAGUCUGAGAAAAUUGACUGGUACAAAUGUGGUUUUGUUAAACAGAACUCUUUGUUGGUCCUCUCAGCCUGAAAUUUGCAUCAGCAGACAACGGAAACUAAAAAUGAUUUUUAGGUAUUUGUUCUGCGUUAGUGCAUGUUUGACUUAUCUUACAAGAUGCUUUCAAAGCCUUAAGCAUGAACACUUAGUAAUAAUUCAACCAAGUGCUCUCUGCAUGUGUUUGAAUUUACAAAAUGGACUAAACACAGUUGUUUUUGCUUUUCUUAGGCCUUCAAUGCAAUUGUGUGUAAGACUGUGAAAUUUCUACCGUGUACAUUUUCAGUGAAAUAUUUUCUAAACUACAGUUUGAUUCGUCUUGUUUGCUGCUCUGCAUUUGCUCCAUUUACUCUAAAUCUGAUCCUCUGUAUUCAUUAGCGUGGCAGCCAUAGGUCAUUUCCACCACUCUGAGUCCAUGCUGUGUUCACGCCACAGAGAAACCCAUUGUCCACCACGUGUCUGCUGUAUGCAUCUCUGCAGCCUGUUCGCCCUCAAACAGAUUCACUUUAAUAUGUUGUUAAAGCAAAAAUAAAAAGGCAAACUAAAACACUAAAUGUGUAGCAACACUAAGCUGCCACACCUUCCUUUGUACAUUAACACAAGUGCAGAUCCCCAGCCUUUGAAACUAUCUCUCCACAGUGCCUCCAUGUGAAUGGCUCUUUGUAUCUUAGAGUCACUGCAGCAGCAGGAAUGAAAGUUUAAGUCCGACUGAAGCGGAUCUGCGUUGACUCAUUGGUGUUAUCACUGUUGAGCCCCUAGUCCCGAAAUAUUGUUUUUAUCAUGUGUGCAGAACAUAAUGAACCUGCAUGUGCACACAGGGAUUUUUUUUUUGUUGCCUUUGACGACUUUAAGGACUCUGUAGUAUAUAUAUUGAUCAGACAAAAACACAAAAAAGGAUGUUCACGCUUACAUUUCUUAACUGCUUUAAACCUGUUUGACUAGACAAAGUUUCUGAGACUGCUGUUAUGUAAAAGUCCAGGAGCAACAUUGGUCUCCACCGAGCAAUAUUUGAUGUGACAAUAUUCUAGUAGUUUUGUUAUUAGUAAGUUCCGGACUAUACCUCUUUAAAAGUCAACAAUAACCCUGAGCCAGAGGGGGUUUGAGUAAAUCCAGGGCUAAAGGUGACUCAUAUCUCAUGUUUCUAUGGUGAAAUAUACGUUAGCCCAAAGCUAAAGGACCUGUUGUACCUGAGCUACCAGUAAUCUUAUUUCGGGUGAGAGAAAUGUGAAAGUGGAGCAGUUUUAAACCUAAAGCUAAACGUGCGCCAACUUUCAAAGUGGUUCAAAGUUAGUUUCUCUAUUGAUGUGAAGUGGAAUGAGCUGUCCUGUGCCUUGAAAUCAUUAUAAUAAUUAUUUUGAACGUAACUCUACUAUUGAGUAUGGGUCAAGAGGUUUAUUUAAAUAAAUUCCAACAAACUGAAGCUGAAAUUUAAUGACUAUGGCAAGUGUUUUCAGUGAGGUUCGUAAACCCAAACUGGAUUUUCACAGCUUACUCCAGAUUGUUUUCACCCUCUACCAAGUCUCUAACAACUAAAUCCGUAUGUUGGCACCAAAAUACGGUUUCAAAAAGAUUAUCCGCCAAAGACGUCCUUGUGUAACCCAAACUGAUCUUGUAGCAGCAUUGGCAGUGUUGCCCUUCAAGACCAAUCUGAGUAACCAAUCAUUUUGGAACGUUAUCCUUGCGUUGCAUUCAGGAGUUCCCUGUAACACCGGGACUCCUGAUUUUUGGAUCGUGCUCUGUGGUUGUUUUCUGUCGAGGACGCUUCCACUGCGACUGAAUGAGCUCACUGUGCCCAUGUUUGACUUCAUGAUAGCAAAUGUAUUGUUUCUUACUGGGGGGGAGAGGCAUAAUAAGUUGCUUGUCUCUGUUUCUCUGCAGUCUUGGUUGAUGGUGGAUUUAAUUAGGCCAAAGGUCACACAGAUCUUUAUGAUCGCCCGCAUUUCCUCUGUCAUGUUUUAUCUGUCUUUUUCACAGUUUUUUUUGUCAUCACAUUGGGUUUUGUUUGCAUGCAGCACGUGGUCCAGGCGUCUAUUCACUCUGAGAAGAUUAUAAACUGGGUCAAUUAAUUCCAGUUUAAAUUCAUCAAAACGGCAUUAAUGACUUCUUGGUAUGUUGCUAUUUAAUUAAUCAACAAUAGCUUGCAUGUGUCUGACAAGGGUUUCAGACUGAAUGGGUCUUUGUUUAGGUUCAUCUCUCCUUAUCCAAUCUACAACACCUAAACACAGAAAUUAGCUUUAUCUUUUAUCUUGUAAAACGACUCAUCCUCUUUGAACCACACACUGGCCUUGACUGACGUUUUUGGAGAAAUGUUACGUGGUGAGUAGUUUACCGGUAACGCAAAUAGAUGAGAUCCAUAGAUACAGCAAACUGACUCAGUAAUGUUUCUAACUGAAGUAAACAAAAGCGACUGGUCGUUUCAGAGCAGCGAAACCCCUGACUGCGUUGAAUUGAACAGUGAUGCAUGUUUCUGCUUAUAGAUUCAUUAUUUUCAUGUGUAGGACUGAGGUUUUGUUAUUUCUUUUUUUAAACCAGAAUUUUCUGGUUGAUGCUCAGCAGUGUGUGUCCUGUAUGACGGAUAUAUGGCCCUGGAAUGUAGAACAGACAGGUCUCUGAAAGUGAACUAUCCUGUGUUAUAUGGAGACAUGAUGGUGACUGAGAAAUGUGGAGACAGAGUAUUGUGCUGCAGAGCUGGUGUUUUGCUGAAAGUGAGAUAGAAAUGUCAUUGUGUGUUUGGGACAAUGUCGGUUGCUCUGAUUGCCAUUAAGAAAUGUGUAUAUAUAAUGAUGAUUGCUGGCCUCAGUGCGUGUGAUUUAUUAGUGUUGGGGUAGGAUCAAUCUGCACAAAAGAAGAAAUUACAAGUUUACUGAUAAUUAAAUCAAUGCUCACAAUUUGAUGAAAGUUGGUGCAGGUUUGCCUGUGUGCUACUUACAAUAGUGCUAAAAUCCUCUCAGUGUGGAUCCUUGAAAUACGGUUUCAGUUUUAUUUGCUUCACUGUUUAUAAAUGUGAGUGUGCAAACUAAUUGCACUUACAACUUGUCGAAUAUUUCCAAUAGACCUCCUCCAUCGGCAGCCUUGACAUGGCAGCCGGGGCUACAAUGUAAUCUUAUGGGGCAACUGCGACAUUCUAUGAAAUGUCCUCUAAAAGGUAUUUUUUCACCAAUGAAAGGCUCAAAUGUAAUUUGCUAUAGGCAUAGGUUCACAGCCCUCAUAACAAUACCACCAGUUUCCAGAGAAAGCGGUGCAGCAUCUCGUUGAGCAUUUCGUCUCUCUCUCUCUCUCUCUCUCUCUCUCUCUCUCUCUCUCUCUCUCUCUCUCUCUCUCUCUCUCUCUCUCUCUUCUCAUUUACUGUUCAUUUUGAAGAAGCUCUUCGUCCAUAUACUCCGGCUCAAAGGGGAUAUCACACUCACUCACUCUAUUUUCAAUCUCUGUCACGAGACUUAUUUGAGACUUCUCAUUCCGCAAGACAGUUGGUGAAAAUUUGGUGAACUGUCGCAGUUGCCCCAUAAGAUUACAUUGUAGCCACUGUUGCUGUGUCACAGCUUGUUAUGGUAAAGAUCUACUCGACCAAUUCCAAAUGUUUUUCGAACGUUCUGGAAGACAGCUCAUCCAGAUGUUCAUGAUCAAAUUGAGAGGUUUUCUGUUUGUGAAUAUUGUUUCUUUACUUACCAAAUGUAAAGCCAGAUUAAUUGACAUUGUAUUGUAUAAAACACAACAAAAUUCAGAGUGCUGUUCCUGGUAAGUUGAUUAACAGCACUAAAUAUCCACACCUCUUUAUUGUUGAUUGCACAUGAACAUAAAUCCCAGAGUUUAAUCAAGAAGAGAUAACCUGGGGAGAUGAACAAAAUAGUUAAUUCUUGAGAUUUAAUUAUUUACUCACUGAGGUUGAUAGCCCCAGAAACACAGCUGAGCUCACUCACAUGGAACACCAGCUGAGAACUUCUCUAGCAAACCAACGCUAUCGUUCUGUAUAAACCAUGGCUGAGUUUUCAUUUUUUCAGCGAAUGAAAACAUGGUAACAAAUAAUACGCUGCUGCAAUCUGUUCACAUCGAAUUCUCUGUUGAACUGAGGAUGUCAGACAAAGGAAGAUGUGUUUGUACAAAUGUUUUAUACCCUGAGUAAAUAAAGAAUAUCUGACUUAA